AUGGCUGAUUCAUCGACAUCCAAUAAAAAACAACCUCCUGUCAUUCUUUGUAUUGGUAUGGCUGGUUCAGGAAAAACUACUUUUAUGCAGCGUAUUAAUGCUCACCUUCAUAGUCAAAAGACACCUCCUUAUGUACUCAACUUGGAUCCUGCUGUAGGUACUUUACCUUUUACCGCCAAUAUUGAUAUUAGAGAUACUGUUAAUUAUAAAGAAGUCAUGAAACAAUACAACUUGGGUCCUAAUGGAGGAAUCUUGACUAGUUUGAAUCUAUUCACUACCAAAUUUGAUCAAGUGUUAAACUUUGUAGCUAAGCGUUCUGACAGUGUUAGUCAUAUUCUUGUUGAUACACCUGGACAAAUUGAAAUCUUUACUUGGUCUGCGUCUGGAGCCAUUAUUACUGAUACAUUGGCUGCUACUUAUCCCACUAUGAUUGCUUAUAUUAUUGAUACACCACGCACAACUUCCCCUGCCACUUUUAUGAGCAAUAUGCUUUAUGCCUGUAGUAUCUUGUAUAAAACCAAACUUCCUUUUAUUCUCGUGUUUAACAAGACGGAUGUGGUAUCCCAUGAUUUUGCUGUGGAAUGGAUGACUGAUUUUGAAAAGUUCCAAGAAGCGCUUCGUCGUGAUACUUCUUAUAUGAGUAGCUUGAUGAACUCGAUGAGUUUGGUGUUGGAUGAAUUCUAUCAACAUCUUAAAGUUGUUGGUGUGUCAGCUGUCACUGGUCAAGGUAUUGAUGAAUUCUUCAAGGCUGUAGAUGAAGCUGCCGAUGAAUAUGAAAAGGAAUAUAAACCUGAAAUUGAACGCAUGAUUCGCUUAAAGAUGGAAAAGGAAGAAAAGGAACGACAAGAUCAAUUGAAUCGAUUGAUGAAAGAUGUACAAGUAUCAAAAGGCACUGAAGUCUCUCUUGAAAAAGGUGAACGUAAGUGA